AUGAACAUUUCUGUUUUUUUUGAAAGCCGCGUAAAGGCCUCCAUGACUAGAAACAAAUUAUACAGGACAAGAGUAUCACUAAGUAAGCAAACGGCUCAGGUGAAGUCUGGUGCAUGUAACUGUAAAGCAGGAGCUAAUGGUCGAUGUAAGCAUAUUGGCGCAUUGCUGUACAAAAUACUCGAUUUUACUGAAAGCGAAGUGGAUGAAAUACCACAAGAACUUACGUGCACUGAAAGACCACAACAGUGGCACAUACCCCGCUCUAAUUCUUCAAAGGACGAACUAGUUCUAUUGGAUGAGUUAUUAGUGAUUAAGCAUAAUUAUGAGGCCGAUAAAAAGAGGAAGAAAAACGAGGUAAGGACUCAGAGAAAAGUGGAAAAGCAAAUGUACGACGCUGCACCCUCUUUUGCCAGAAAAAUCAAUGAACAUCAAAUAAAACAGUUUUCUGAGGACUUGAAAGCAGCAAAAACAAAGAACCGACCAAUGCUUAUUGAUUUGUUAGAAGGGAAUGAAUGCAAGCCCAUUGUCACUCAAGACAUAACACUAAGGGAAAAUCGAGACAACAUACUGAAGGAUCAUGAUUAUUGUUGUCAUUCAAACAGAAAACGUCAAAAUGAAAUUGGGGAUGCAGAUAGUGGCAUUGAUCUUCCUUGCAAAAUCAUUAAAAUGGAAAGCGUUAUUGAGCCACUCGAUACAAAUUUUGACAAUCGAUUUUGCUUGUCUCAUUGUGAAGCUGUCCAAGUUGAUGCUCCUGACAGUGAGCGAUCUGUUACUGAAGAUGACAACCAAGAAUGUGUACAAUCCCUUCCGCCCGAGAACCCGUGUAUAAACACCAGUUUCUCUUACAUUGAAAAACAUAUCAUUUCUGACUGGAAUUUGCCCGAAUCUUAUUCUGAUGAUUAUGAUUUGAAUGAAGAAAAUUUCAGAAAGGUGUGCACUGACUUUGUUGAAAAACUUAGUAUAACUGAGACUGAAAUAUCUGAGAUAGAAAUACAAACAAGGGGUCAGUCUGAAAAUACACAGUGGUUCAAAUACAGAUGUGCACGAGUAACAGCAUCCAAGUUUGGGGAAAUUAAGAACAGAAGAUCCACCACUGCACCUGAUCGCUUGAUACGUGAUAUUUUUCAGUACAAUCCAAAAGGUAAAACACCCCAUCAAUGUCAAGAAGGUUUAAGGCUUGAGCCCAUAAUCAAAGAGAAGUAUAUAGCCAAGCAAUCUGAAAAUGGCCACACUGGAAUAAAGGUAUCUGAAAAAGGAUUGAUCAUUGACAGAAAAAACCCUUUGCUUGCAGCUAGUAUUGAUGGUGAAGUUUAUGACCCGACAGCAAAGCACAGUCCAGUUGGAAAUCUGGAAAUGAAAUAUAAACAAUUUCCCAGCAGAUUAUGUACAGAACAGAAAAUUGAGGACAAUUUAUUACAUUUCAUUGCUAAGCAUGCAAAAGACUCAUGUCUUCAAAUAACCAGUAAUGGACUCAAGCUCAAAACUCGUCAUCAUUACUAUGCCCAAAUACAAGGAGGUAUGGGUAUUUCAGGAAGGCAAUGGUCUGAUUUGGCAGUCUAUUGUUACUACAGAAAUAUGGAGGAUUUGCAUAUUGAAAGAAUUUACUUUGACCCAAUUUAUUGCAAUGAUCUUAAACGUAACUUGUUAGAUUUUUGUUUACAUGCUGUAGUACCUGAGAUUAUCACCAGGCGAAUCAAAAGAGGAAAACCACUUCAUCCCACAGAGUAUUGUUACAAGAAGUAA